AUGGCAGCCUCCGAACAAUCCUCUUCCACUUCGGAAGCUAUUUCCAACAAAGUUUCUGAUGACGAAAGCAAUAGCGACGACAACAAGGUGAUGCAAAUUAAAGAGAAUGACGAUGUAAAAUCCGAACAACAUCAAACUUCAAACUCCAAUUUUCUUUUCACAAAGCUUUCUAACGACGGUUUGGUUUGUGGACCGAAGGUGCAAGAACUUGAUUUCUUCAAUCCUUCGAAGAAUAUAGAAGUAGGUUCGUCUUCGUUAUAUUGGACUAAUAAGACCAACAAUAUUGAAGAGAACAUUGAAGAAGAAAAGUCUUCAGAGUCGAAGGCUUUUUCAUGCAACUUUUGUUCGAGACAAUUUUCUACUUCACAAGCUUUAGGAGGACAUCAAAAUGCUCAUAAGAGGGAGCGUGCGGUCGCAAAACAUCGCCAAGAGAUUCAAAAUGGUUUUGGGAGCCCUAGUACGCAUUUUCCUUAUUACACUAACUAUCCUACUCUUUCUACACCAUCUUAUUAUGGAAUUGGAUCUUCCUAUAAUAAAGCACUUGGAGUUAGAAUGGAGUCCAUGAUUCACAAGCCAAGUUAUAAUACGUGGACCCCACCUCCUUUCAAGCUUGGUUCUACUCCUAUGUGGUCACCAAUAUUGCAAGAGAUGAGAAACUUUUCUUCUUUUGAUGGGUUGAAAUUAGAGGAUAAUAACGUUGGAGAGUCUUCUGUGAAUGUUGCUACUAAGUCAAACUCACCAGUAAAAAAGUCAACUAUGGUUGACAUUGUUGGUGAUAUCAACAAGGAAGAAGCCUCAAAUUCUGAAUCUCCUAGUCUUGAUUUGUCGCUGAAGCUUUGA